AUGAGGGGUGAUAAAAUCCAUGUUUGGGUGGACAAAUGGUUGCUUUGCCUCCUGGAUGCUAGUCUAAAAUCGGUUGAAGGGGUGGAGGUGGACCGGGAUCAACAAGUAGAAUCAAUCAUUGAUCAUGACACUGGCAAUUGGAAUCUAGAGCCCAUCAUUCAUGCCCUAUCUACAGAGUGUGCUUCUGCCAUUCGUUCAGUCCAAAUUGGGAGUGGUAGGAUGUAA